CCGCUGGCCCCUAGUUAGAUAAAUACCGUCCUACUGUUCUCGUUCUUUAUUUCAUUAAAUAGUUUUACACGACCCGUCACCGAAUACUGCAACCAAAUUAUCCAAAUUACGUGUUAAAUAUAUCUGAAAAAAGUAUUCACCCGAUUAUCCUGCUGGCAUCACUUAGAUUAUGAAAAGACCUAAGAUUUCUGUAGCUUAAUAUAAUUGAUACCCUUUUGAAGUCCUUGAGAAAAAUAACUUUCUAACUGUUAUCGAUCAAGUGGGUAUAAUAUGACGAGGCAUCCUUGAUUGCAGGUAUAGAGUACGAGAAGUUUCUGAAGACCUGAGCUUUAUGAAUACCGAAUCGUCGUCAAAGAAAUGAUGGCGAGACAGAAGAACAAUUUCUUGAAGUGGACGGUGAAUGAAAUCGUUGUUUUUCUUCUUUCUCUGGAAUUCAGCAAGAUUGUGAUCGGUAUUGUUCCUCCUGGCGGAAUUGAGGGGUUAUGGAUUACAGAUGUAAGUCUUAACGACAAAGUGAAGGACGACACAUAUUUAUGGAUGCGGGCACCUGUCAGUAGGAUGCAGUGUGCACUAGAGUGUACAGCAGAUACGCGCUGUCUAUCCCAUUUUUACAAGGAAACCAGCGCCACCUGCAUUGCACAAGAUGAAAAACUGGACUCCAUGACCGUUCGAAACUCCUCUGGAUUCCUAGCGUAUGGAUUCCAAAACCCACCGGAAUGCAGUGCUCCUUUUCUGUUCGACCGUCCUGCCAAUUUGUGUUUCUGGAGAUCGGACGUAAAAGGCAACAGAUCGACAGCACAGCAAGUGUGUGCUGCAUAUGGCGGUUCAUUGGUUACCAUAGACACGGUUGCCAAGAGAAGUGCCGUGUUGUCAUAUCCCGAUUUUGCUAUUACACCUACAGGGUGGGCACCAUCCUUCCUGAUCGACGGAAGUGACGAUGAACAAGAAAUGGAUUUCCGGUUCAAGGAUGGAAGCCCGAUUCCUUCGACCUUUUGGUCGAGUGGCUAUCCAAAGAAUGACACAUCAGAAAAUUGUAUUCAUAUUCCAACUUAUGAUCCCAACGGGCUUUUUAUACACUACGAGUGUGAUAAUAGUAAUUAUUACUUUGUCUGUCAAAAGCCCUAAAGAAAAGGAAAUAUUCAAAGAAUAUAUACAAAGAAAAUUCAAUGAGAACCAGCAGUGUUGCAUUGCCAUAACUUUUUGUUUAGCCAUUAUGGUUUGUAUCAUCGUUACUUAGGAAUUUUCUCAAACUUUGUCAUUAAAUUAUGAUGUGAUAUGAUGUUGAAGCAGUUUUAUACAAGAGUCCUUUAAUUUUCAGUGAUAUUGCAAUUUUGUAUAUUUACAAUGCUCGAUGUCAGUUGCUGUUUAUAUAGUUAAAAAACAUUGACUGCAAAGUUUUUAAGUUUGUUGGUUAUGUUGAAAGUUUUGAAAUUAAUGUUCACCCAUACUGUAAAUUUACUUCAUAUGCUAUUUUAUGGAGAAUAAUACUCUAAAAAUCAGACCCAAAUGAAGUGUUGUUGUCAUCAUUUUUUUUUCUUUUUUAUACAAAGUUCAAUGCCUGAUGUUAAUUUUAUUUAUA